AUGGCGACCAGGCACAACCAGCAGAACGCGGCUGCCGCUCCGCAGCCGGCGGCCAACAGAGGUGCCGCAGGGAAGCAGAAGGGCGCCGCCGCCGGCCGCCCCGGUGCGGGAGGAAACAGGCGGGUGCUCGGGGACAUCGGCAACGUCGUCCACGCCCACGUCCUCGAUGGCAAGAUCCAGCUGCCGGCGGGGAUCAAUCGCCCAAUCACCCGGAGCUUCGGUGCCCAGCUCUUGAAGAAGGCGCAGGCCGAGCCAUCCAAGAAUGCCGUAGCUGUUCCUCCAGCAGAGCGGGCCGGCCUGAAGCCGGUGGCCAAGAAGGUCCCUGUCAAGCCCGCCGCCGCCCCUCGCCCUGAGCCGGCCGCCGCCAAGAUCGUCACCGGUUCCGACGAAAUCAGGAAGCCGUCUGAGGUCUCUGCCCCCAAGACCUCGAGGAAGAAGGUCGUCCACACCCUCACGACUGUGCUCAACCAUCGGUCGAAGGAGGCCUCGAUAGAUGACAUCGACAAGCUGGACGGUGACAACGAGCUGGCCGUCGUGGACUACAUCGACGACAUCUACAAGUACUAUAAGGAGGCACAGCACGAGUGGCGGCCGAUAGAUUACAUGGGCAGCCAGACUGAGGUCAACCCCAAGAUGAGGGCUAUCCUGAUAGAUUGGCUAGUGGAAGUGACCCACAAGUUCGAGCUCAUGCCCGAGAGCAUGUACCUGACGAUCUACGUGAUCGAUCGCUUCCUGUCCCUGCAGGCGGUGCCGCGGCGGGAGCUGCAGCUCGUCGGCAUGGCGGCCAUGCUCAUCGCCUGCAAAUAUGAGGAGAUCUGGGCGCCCGAGGUAAACGACUUUAUAUCCAUCGCCGAUAACUCCUACUCGAGGCAGCAGAUCCUGUCAAUGGAGAAGAAUAUCUUGAACAGCAUGGCGUGGAACCUCACCGUCCCCACCCCGUACGUCUUCCUGGUGCGGUUCGCCAAGGCCGCCGGGAGCGACAAGGAGCUCGAAAACAUGAUCUUCUUCUUCGCCGAGUUGGCGCUCAUGGAGUACGGGCUGGUCACCGUGCGCCCCUCGCUGGUGGCAGCUUCUGCCGUGUACGCUGCCCGGUGCACGCUGAAAAGAAGCCCCAUCUGGACGGAAACCCUCAAGCACCACACCGGAUUCGCUGAACCGCAGCUCCUGGAGCCUGCAAAGAUGCUGGUCAUGGCACACGCAGCUGCUCCGGACAGCAAGCUCAAGGCCAUCUACAAGAAGUACUCCUGUGAGCAGUACGGGCGUGUGUCCCUGCGCGCCCCAGCAGUGGCCGCUCCUCAGCGCCUGGCCUAG